ACCCCUAACACCAAAAUCAAUCACAACCCCGAUAAUAAUAACAACAACAACAAAAGAGAAAACUUAAGAAUGGCGAGCGAAGGCGAGGAGAAGAGGGCGGUCGGCACGGCGGCCUACUGGGGCCUGUCUGCCAGGCCCUGCGACUCUUGCCGCGGCGCCGCGCCUGCAGUCUUGUACUGCCACGUCGACGCUGCCUUCCUCUGCGGCGCCUGCGACUCGCGCAUCCACGGCGGUGGCGGUGGCGGUGGCGGUGGCAACCCGAAUAUUAAUUAUAAUAAUACAAAUAAGGAAAUCACCCCACUGCAGCAGCACCAGCAGCGUGAGCGGCAGCGGCAGCGGCAGCAGCGCCCGCACGAGAGGGUGUGGCUGUGCGAGGUGUGCGAGCAGGCCCCCGCCAGCGUGACCUGCAAGGCGGACGCCGCGGCGCUCUGCGACGGCUGCGACGCCGACAUCCACUCCGCCAACCCCCUCGCCCGCCGCCACCACCGCCUCCCCGUCGCCCCCUUCCUCGGCCCCCUCUCCGCCGCCCCCAAACCCUUCCCCUCCUCAUCCUCCUCCUCCGCCGCUGCUGCCGGUGGAAUUAUCCCCUUCGAAGAAGAAGAAGAGCACGAGCACGGGCACGGGCACGGGCACGGGCACGCGAAGGAGGAGGAGGAAGAAGAGGAGGAAGUAGAAGAGACGGAGGCGGAGGCGGCGUCGUGGCUGCUUCCGGAGCCAACUGCGAAGGAGGCGCUGCUGCCGGCCGACAUGGUGGGGGCGGUCGCCGGGGAGGACUUGUUCUUCGCAGACUAUCCGUAUCUUGAUCUGAAUUAUGCCGUGCCGCCGCCGCCGCAGCCGCCGAUCCUCGCAGCAGACAGCGGCUUUCAGGAUGCCGUUACGGAUCUCGGCGCCGCCACCGCAGCCGCCGGAUCCAAGCACUCCUACGGCGCCUAUCCGGAUCACUCCCUAAAUCACAGUAUGUCGUCAUCGGAGGCAGCGGUGGUGCCGGAUGCGACAGCGCAGGGGAAGGACCGGACGGUGCAGAUGGAUCGGGAGGCGAGGGUGAUGCGGUACCGAGAGAAGCGGAAGAAUCGGCGAUUCGAGAAGACGAUACGGUACGCAUCGAGAAAGGCAUAUGCAGAGACGCGGCCGCGCAUUAAGGGGAGGUUCGCAAAGCGGGCGGAGGUCGAGGCCGAGGUCGGGAAGAUCUACUCCUCGGCCGCCGCCGCUGUCGCCGCCCUCAUGGCGGACUCCGACUACGGCGUUGUACCAUCAUUCUAAGAUACAUGGAUAUGUAUAUAAUCAACAUUCUUAUUUCUCUUCCGCUCUUCGGCUUGUGACGAGUUCAGCUCAACGAAGUACACACGAACAAACUAUUUCAUGAAGGCUUUAUUCAAACCACGCAUCUCACUUUUUUUAUGUCACCAUUAUUUCUGUAGCAAAUUCAAUACAAAAAUAGCAAAAAAAUUUUGCGAAUUAGUUUGUUAGUCCACACUUCGCUGAGCUGAACUCACUCUUAGAAAAUAAAAAUGUGCCAAGAACGCUCAAGUAUAGGCAUUUUGAAAUGGGCCUCUCAGCUUUAUAUAUUUUUAAUCAACUCUUGCUCAA